GGGAAAGAGAGAGAGCGAGAAGUGGUCAGGGAGGGGGAAAAAAAGUGUCUCCAAUGUUAUCUUUAUCUAUAGCUGGCCAUCCUGUUUGAGUGGUUUUGGUUUUAUGCCGAUGCUUACGAAAUCAAACAAACCAGAAACCAGAUCAGCUGCGACUAGAGUCCGAAGCUCCUUUGCAUUACUAUAUAGCUUCUUUCGAGGUUCAAUAUAUUUAUAUUUUUAUAUACUUUGGUAGUUUGAUAAUUAGGUUCAGGCUCCGGUUUCGGCCAUGGCCUUUUCUUGAGUUUGGCAGAAUCGAAGUCAGCCAGGUCUCGUAGUGUAGUUUUGGGUAGCAUCCAAAAGAAUUUAUAUUGAUUUGGCUUUUGCUUCUGGUAAGCCCUUUGUUUUCUUGCUUGUACUGUCUGAUACCGUUGAAAGUUUGCGGUUCGCUUCUGCUUCCCCAACCCUUCCAAUAUAGUCUACCCUUUAUUUUCCAAUAUGCAAAUGCUAUCUGGCGACCCCUUUUCCUUAUCCUCUUCCAUCGGAGGGUUUGCUCCUGAGCCAAACCCAAACCCAAACCCUAACCCUAAACUUAAUCCUCCUCCCCUCCCUAAGAAGAAGAGGAAUCUUCCAGGAACACCAGAUCCAGAUGCGGAGGUCAUCGCCCUUUCGCCCAAGUCUCUCAUGGCUACCAAUCGAUUCAUCUGUGAAAUAUGCAACAAAGGUUUCCAGAGAGACCAAAACCUGCAGCUUCACCGAAGGGGACACAACCUCCCAUGGAAGCUGCGACAAAGGUCGAACAAGGAGGUCCGGAAGAAGGUGUACAUAUGCCCAGAGAAGACAUGCGUACACCACGACCCCUCCAGAGCAUUGGGGGACCUCACCGGGAUAAAGAAGCAUUACAGCAGAAAACACGGGGAGAAGAAGUGGAAGUGCGACAAGUGUUCGAAGAAAUACGCUGUCCAGUCCGAUUGGAAAGCUCACACCAAAACUUGCGGUACUAGAGAAUAUAAGUGCGAUUGUGGUACCCUCUUCUCUAGGAAAGACAGUUUCAUCACCCACAGAGCCUUCUGCGAUGCCUUGACAGAAGAGAGUGCGAGACUUACCUCAGUUGGAACGUCAGAUUUAAAUUUUAAGAACGAAGAGAGUGUAAUGAACUCUACUUCUCAGCUUAGCUCGGCACACGGAUUUUGCGUUUCGCAAUUCGGUGCAAAUGGGUUUCGUUCAGAAUUUGAAGGAAUGGGCAUGACUAUGGGUGGAGCCGACCAGCAAAUGAGGCCCAGUUUGUCGUUGUGGUUGAACCAGCUGGGAAAUCCCCGCAUCAAUAAUCCUCUAGAAGUGGGACCUAAUUCUGGUCUUUAUGUGUCAUCUUCAAGUUCUUCAGGUUUGCCCGAGAUCAAUAUGCAAAUGCCUCAACCUAAUAACACCUUUGCUCCUUCUUCUUUGUGUAAUUAUUCCCCAUCGACACUCCCUAUUGGGAAAAAAGGAGAAAGUAGCGGAACUGGAAACUUAGUAUCUAUUUAUAAUUCUGACGCUCGAAACAAUCAAUCAAAGCCAGCUUCUCCCAUGUCAGCCACUGCACUUCUACAGAAAGCAGCUCAGAUAGGCUCAACCAGAAGCAGCAACCCUUCCAUAUUUAGCGGCAGUUUUGGGGUAAUGAGCUCGUCUUCUUCCCAAACUACGGCAAGUCUCGAAAAUAACGCAGACCAAAACCGUAACAACGAGCUGAACCAAAUGUAUCAGAGUAUGAAGCAAUCAGAGAAUUUUAGUUCAAGUAGCAGUGGUGUAGGUACGUUGGGGAUGAGCAAUAACUUCAGCUCAUUGACGCAUUCAUCGAACAGUGGCCUUGAUGAGCUUGUGUCGCAAUCCCGUGGAAGACAAAGUAACAAACAAGUGCAAUUGAAGCUGCAUCCUGAUUCAAACACUGGGGAACAUGGUUACACCAGAGAUUUUCUGGGAAUGAGCGGAGCAGGAGGAGCUGGUACUCCUUUCCUUCCCGAAGAGCUCGCUAAAUUUGCUUCCAUUGCCUCAUCCAUGGGAAUGUCUCAGUUCACGAGUAGUACUACUCAGUAAAUUAAGAUCGGAUUUUCAGGCAGUGCUCAUGUAUCAUGAUAUAUGAGCUUACGCAAUAUGAAUCAACCCGAAGGAAGGUGUCGAGUUAGAGCGAGUUAAUGUGAUGGAGGUGGGUGAAAGAUGGAGUUUGCGAAUUGCCAGAAGCCAGAAUGCAGCGGGGCCCCACUGCACGUCAAGAGGUGCGGACUCCGAGUCAUGCAUGUUCUCCUAGUUGUUUUCCUUCUGUCUCAGCAACUACUGUUAUCGUUUUUGUUUUCUCUUCCUGGUCAGAAAUCCAAGGAAGAAUGAAAUAAAAUUUGCAUUCAUCACCGCUUGUAUAUGACUACACUAACGCAACUGAGCUGCCGUCAUGACUCUAAAAAAAGGGGAGACUGGGAAACGCAAAAAAAAAAAAAAAAGUAGGUUUCACGUACAUUGUAAUAUUAUUUCUACUUACUACGAUCCGUCGAAUUCUGGCA